AUGCAGUCAGCAAAUAUGCCAUCAACCCCAGCCUCCCCUACUACUACUUCAUGGCUCCAGAGUGCCCUCGCCUCAAUCGGCUCUAUUUUCCAGACUUCUUCCAAGGAAGACGACUCUGAGUCCGAUGCGAUCUCUGGAUGGGUUGGGGCGAGAAGACGACGCUGUCGAUCUGUCGGGGAGGCUCGUUGA